UGUUAUUUCUUGUUUAUGCCUGUUUGUGGAUGUGUAACAGGUAGAGUGUCUGUGGAUAAAUGUGUCUGUCAUGUUCAGUGUUAGCAUUUUGUGUUCUGUUGAAUGUUUGCAGUGACUGCUUUGUGUACUUGGGAGGGUUUGUGCGUGCUUGUGAUUCAGUCUGUGUUUGAGUGUGUAACACAUGUGUCUGAGUGUUCAGGGGCUGUGUCACAGGUUUUGGACAGUCUAGAGGAGAUUCAUGCAUUGACGGACUGCAGUGAGAAAGACAUGGCCUUUCUACACAGCGUCUUCCAGGAUCAGCACCUCCACACUCUCCUAGAUCUUUAUGACAAAAUCAACACCAGGUCGUCCCCUCAAAUCAGGAAUCCCCCUAGCGAUGGAGUGCAGAGAGCCAAAGAGGUACUGGAAACCAUUUCCUGUUACCCAGAGAACAUGGAGGCCAAGGAGCUGAGACGGAUCCUUACACAGCCGCACUUCAUGGUGGGAUAUUACAGAAUCAUACACACAGUAGUAUUAUACAUUCUUAACUUUUCUCACCAGGUCAGGUUUUGUCUGUGCCUGUAGAGCUUGCUUAUUGGU